GACACAAGAGUGUUUUGUUGUCAUUUGUUUGCUAUUUCAUCUUGUAACAAAAUCUAAACUUAAUUUUGUGAAUAUUGCGAAAUAUGUUAGAAUAAAAAACCAAAUUGUUCGCAAAUCAGUGACAACACGUAUUACUUAAUAUAAUAUAGUGAAAAAUAUCAGGCAUAUAUGACCUAGAGCUACCAGAAAUUAUAACUAUAUUUUGACGUGGAAUGUGAUUCAUCGAUCAUUAACUACAGCUACAUAAAUCCAACAUGCAAUCUACAUCAACAGUUUUACCGAACGAACCUGCUUCAACAGCGCCACAUCCAACAGCUUCGAUUUCCGGCGAAAAACCUAAACAUGACUAUGCGUGCAUCAGAGGGAAAACUGUUCUAGUCAGUCCCACGGAAGAGCAGUAUGAAGCAUUGGGAAAACGAUUGGAAGAGAGGAUCGCCGAUAGCCGUGGCGAAACGGUUUAUGAAAUUGGGGUUGGAGAAGAUGGCAGUGAGAGCGGUCUAGACCAGGAAGAGUAUGCUGCAUCUUUAGCGACAUUGCAAUCCCUGGCUGCGAUGCUCAAUGCCGACUGUGUUGAGCUACGUACAAGAAAGGGAGAGAAAGGGUUGACGGGCCAAUAUCUGGUCCGCUCGAAAGUGGACGAUGACGAUUUCACUGAAAUACGCGUUGCAGUGGUGGGGAACGUCGAUGCUGGAAAAUCAACUCUUCUUGGCGUGCUAACACAUGGAGAACUGGAUAAUGGGCGAGGUUUUGCCAGGCAACGGCUAUUUCGACAUAAACACGAAAUUGAAAGCGGUCGAACUAGCUCCGUAGGAAACGACAUCUUGGGGUUUGACAGCGUUGGCAAUGUGGUGAACAAACCCGAUCACGGCACUCUGGAUUGGGUGAAAAUUUGUGAAAAAUCUGCUAAAGUCAUAACUUUUAUCGAUCUUGCUGGCCACGAACGAUAUCUUAAAACAACUGUGUUUGGAAUGACUGGCCACGCCCCCGACUUUGGAAUGUUGAUGAUUGGCGCCAAUUCGGGAAUAGUUGGAAUGACAAAGGAACAUUUGGGACUGGCAUUGGCUCUCUCAGUACCAGUAUUUGUAGUCGUAACUAAAAUCGACAUGUGCCCACCCAAUGUGCUGCAAGAAAAUUUGAAACUGUUGUACAAAAUUCUUAAAUCACAGGGAUGCCGCAAAGUACCGGUCAUGGUCAAAACAGCUGACGAUGUUGUGCUCAGUGCAACAAACUUUGUAUCCGAACGACUAUGUCCGAUUUUCCAAGUAUCAAAUGUUACGGGUGAAAAUUUGGAUUUAUUGAAAAUGUUUCUUAACUUGCUGACGGUACGCACAACCGGGAAUGAUAACCUACCGACAGAAUUCCAAAUUGAUGAUACCUAUGCAGUACCGGGGGUAGGAACCGUUGUCUCCGGUAUUACGCUGCAGGGUGUUGUCCACCUUAAUGACACACUACUACUGGGGCCCAAUCCGCUUGGAGACUUCCAGCCAAUUACGAUUAAAAGCAUCCACCGUAAGCGAAUGGUGGUUCGUGAAGUGCGAAGCGGACAAACUGCUAGUUUCGCUUUGAAGAAAAUCAAACGAUCCCAAAUACGCAAGGGCAUGGUGUUAGUUAGUCCUGAAAUAAACCCACAGGCGUGCUGGGAAUUCGAUUGUGAAAUAUUGGUGUUACAUCAUCCGACAACAAUUUCCAGCAAGUACGGUCGCUGGUCAGCUAUGGUCCACUGCGGCAGUAUAAGGCAAACUGCUCAAAUUCUUCAAAUGUCCAAGGAAUGCCUCCGAACGGGUGAUAAAGCGGUUGUACGCUUUAAGUUCAUCAAGAAUCCUGAGUACAUGAAGCCUGGCCAAAGAAUGGUUUUCCGAGAAGGUCGUACAAAAGCCGUAGGAAAUGUGAUUACCCCUCUGUACACGCCGGGUUCCGUUCAACAGCGUACAAAACCGAACAAAAUGCAAGGGCGCGGUGUAAAUCCAGCUUCGCAGUCUAAUGCUCCAAAACCGUUAUCGAAAAUUACAAAUGAUGCUGUAGCAGCGCAAUCGAGCUUGACUGGUAAUACCAUGGUAUUGGACAUCGGAACCGACAAACGGAAUAACCGUUCCAGUAAUAACCAUAAAAAAUUCCGCGGAGGAACCUCCACCAACUUGGACACAGGUGGACAUGAUACAUCCACAGCGUCUUCUCAACAAAGCUCUACGUUUUGCAAUGAUUCGAUCUCCGUUGCUUCCAACUAAUUCCAUUCGCCUGAAUUUCUUCUUGGAUGGAAAUCAAAAGCAAGGUUUAGAUAAGAAUUUUAUUUAAAGUCAUAUUUCCUUCAAAAACAAAAAAGGUAUGCUGGAAAGCAUACUACUUGAAAUCGAAUAACAAUAAUUGUUUUUGUUUCAACUGUGAAAGCAAAUUGAUUUGCAACUGAAAGUAAACAUAUUGAAGACAA